UUCAAUAACACUUUUGAUUGCCUUUAAAUUGCAUGUAAUAAGUGCCAUUACACAUUAGUAACGAAAAUACCCUCGAAAUGAAAACUAUACAGAAUUUUGUUCUAUUGAUCCUGUUGUUCUCAGCAAAAACAAUCUUUUCCCAAGAUGUUAUAGCUUUAGAAGGAAAUCAGGAAUCAAUAAUUACAAAUUCUUCUCCGACUGAAAAUCCUGAAACUUUGGCAUCGAUUCCAAGUGACAAGGCUCCCGAAGAAGUGAAACUUGACAAUUUGGCAACCUUACAACCUCAGGAGGCAGAAACUCAAGGAAUUGUAGUGAAUUCUCCCGAUAAUCAAGAAAAUAACGAAGAAAUUCCAACAGUUGUUCCUGAAGAACAGGGAUUAGGAACUGUUGAUUCGGACCCUGCUGCAGAAACUCCCAUAGAAACAACAAACGAGGAGCCUCCAAAAGCAACUUUGAGUGAAACAGAACCAGAAGUUCCAGGAAAUACUUCAGAGCAAAUUCCUUCAGACACAACAGAAAACGUUCAACCAAUAGAAUCCACUUUAUCGCCUGAAAUUGAAGAAGUUACCGAAGAUCAAGUAAGUGGAACUAAUGAAACAGAGGUUCCUUCAGAAACAAGCAUAGGUACAUUAGAAACAGAGUCAACGAAAACAGAGGCCGAAACAGAAGCAGUUGUUCAAGAGUCUUCAAACACCGAGGCUUCUUCAAACACAGACACUUCAGAAACAGAGUUAUCGCAAACAGAAAAGCCGGAAACAGAACCAGUGGCUGAGGAGGUUAACACCACCGAGCCGCCUGCAAAUCCAGAAGCAUCAGUGACUGAGUCGUCGAAAACCGAAGAGGCGGAAACAGAAUCAGUAGUUGAGGAGGCUGAGAAUACUGAGGCUCCUGCAAUUAACAAUGAAUCAACCGAUGCUACAAUUGAAGCAGAACCUACAAGUUCUGAACCAGAGUUGAAUGUUGAAACUAGUUCUAUCUCAUCAAAUCCAUCUACUGAGGCUACCGAAAAUCCUACCGAAACUUCCAGUAAUCCAUCAGAAGUUCCAUCAACUACAAUUACUCCAUGUACCGAAAUUGGUAACUUUGCAAAUCCUACCAACUGUCGACGUUACUUAUCCUGCACUGGCAACACUUCCAAUCUUAUCUCUGAAGACUGUGAAUGUCCCGAAAAAACUGCAUUUAGUCCAAUACUUGGCCGCUGUACUCGUGAUCUUUCGCCAUGCCUCGAUGAAGAACCAGUAUGCCUUCGAACAAGUAGCAUUCCAAAUCCAAAUGGUGAAAAGUCUUCAUAUUUCUGGUGUGUUCCAAGUUUAUUAGGAGGAUUUCACAAAUAUCAAAUUCAAUGUUCAGAAAAUGAAGUCUUUAUACCUUUAAUUGGUAGAUGUUGGAUUGCAACUCCACAAAUGGGUGGUGGAUUAGGAUUUGGACUUAUCAAUCUUGUACCAAGUGAUCGGGAUAUUGUUAGAGCUGAGUGGAAACUUUUGAGAAAAGAAAUUAAAGAGAAGAUUAAGGCAGAAAAACUUCAAAAGAAGUUGGAAGAGAAAGCUAAAGCUAGGGCAGAAAAACUUGCUGCUAAAGAAUUGAAGAAACAGAAAGGAGUCGUUAGGAAAGUUGAUGAUGAGAAUGAUGGGGAAGAAGAAGACGAUGAAUAGUGCGAUUAAGUUUUUGUAGAUAUGUGUUCAUUUUAUCUUUAAAUUUUUACUUAUUUUACUAUUAUAUAUUUACUAUUAUAUAUUCAUAUUCUGUUUGAAAUUAUUAAAAAUUGAUUUAAAAAAGAA